ACAGUAAGACUACAUUGUGCGUGUUUAUUCAACCCUGUUGCAAACGUGGCACAGUGUGUAUUUUGAAGGCAAGGACACACUUUUGUAGUUGUACUCUGUGCCAGGAAAUCCUGACAAUUUUUCUGAUUAAGCUGUUCAGUCUUUUGGAUUCUUCUUAUAAUCUUGGAAGGAAGACGUAUACCAAGCCAUCACCAUGUCACAAUACCUGACUAUUGAGCAGAAGGCUGAGCUGGUGGAUACAGCCAACAAGAUCGUGGCUCCUGGAAAGGGCAUCCUGGCUGCUGAUGAGAGUACAGGCACCAUGGGUAAGCGUCUGGCCAACAUCGGCGUGGAGAACACGGACGAGAACCGUCGUCUGUACCGUCAGCUCCUGUUCACCACCGACCCAGCCAUCGGCAAGAACAUCAGCGGAGUCAUCCUCUUCCACGAGACGCUGUAUCAGAAGGCCGAUGAUGGAACGCCAUUCGUUGACCUCAUUAAACAGAAGGGCAUUAUCCCUGGCAUCAAGGUUGACAAGGGUGUGGUUCCCUUGGCCGGAUUCAACGCAGGUGAAUGCACCACCCAGGGAAUGGAUGACUUGGGCGCACGCUGUGCCAAGUACUACCAAGAUGGAGCACGCUUUGCUAAGUGGCGCUGCGUCUUGAAGAUUACUGACUUGACUCCAUCGGAUGCGGCUAUGAGAGAGAACGCUCACAUCUUGGCUCGCUACGCUAGCAUCUGCCAACAGAAUGGUCUGGUUCCGAUUGUUGAGCCGGAGGUUCUCUCGGAUGGGUCUCACAACCUGGCAAGAUGCCAGUUUGUCACAGAGAAGGUGCUGUCCUACUGCUACAGGGCUCUGAAUGAUAAUCACGUCUUCUUGGAGGGCACUCUACUCAAACCUAACAUGGUGAUGCCUGGCCAGAGCUGCCCGGUCAAAUACACCCCGGAGCAAGUUGGACAGGCCACCGUGAUCACUCUGCAGAGGACUGUACCACCAGCCAUGCCAGGCGUGACGUUCCUGUCUGGUGGGCAAUCUGAGGAGGAAGCAUCACUCCACCUGAACGCCAUCAAUGCUUGCCCAGGCAAGAAACCCUGGGCUCUGACCUUCUCCUACGGCCGUGCUCUCCAAGCCAGCGUGCUGCAGGCCUGGAAGGGCAAACCUGAGAAUGUCAAGGCGGCACAGGAUGAGCUGCUCAGACGAGCUCAGGCUAAUGGCGCAGCCAGCCAGGGCAAGUAUGGCGGCGGAGCCACGGGUGCUGCAGGGGGCAAGUCGCUGUUCGUAGCCGACCACCAAUACUAAACAGCGCCCUCACGUUGUGAGCCUCAGUCAAAAAAACACCAUCGCACCACCAGACGGAAACAAGUAACGCUAAAGUGUGCAUUUCUGGACCGAGUAAUCCCAUAAAGACAGUCAAGGUAUGAACAUCUCAGUUUAAAUAUUCAUCUCGUAUUUCACGAUGCAGGGUUUUGAUUGGCUAAAAAAGAACGAAUGUCUGUUUGAAGUGCACCUUUAAUGUGAUCUUGUCUUUCUGUAUUUCUUCUUUGAGUAAUAAGGAUCAUUGAAAAUAAUUGUCGUGAUUAGCAUCGUAUGAUCAAAAUAGUUUAGGAUGUGGUUGAAAUAGCCCCCUCGUGUGGUGAGCUUCAUAACCUAAAUUAUAAUGUAUAAGCCAAAUACUGAACAAUCAUAGUGUAACAAAAAGCUUUACAUUCAGAUUGUGUUCAUAGAAUAGCACUCCUUGUGUGGGAAACUUCUACCAUUCAUUUGUGUUGGAAAUAUUCCCCUUGUUUGGUUAGCUUAAAACAUAUGCAGUGGUCAAGAUUGUGUCGUUAGGGAUUGAAAAAAAAUUAGUAUGGACAUACAGGAAAAAUAAACUGACUAUGAUACAUGUAUAUGUGAGGCGCUCAGGCAAAAUGAGACAGAACUGGGCAGAGCUUGAUACGAGGGUUUGCUAGUGUUCGAGAACAGAAUAAAAUUCUCCUUACAAUAGUGUUCGUGCGCUUCAAUUGGACAUUCUGUUGACGAGUUAUGGCUGUUUUGAUGAUUACAUAUUGACAAGUCAAACAAGUAACAUAUUAUGGAAAAAAACCAUCAAACUUUCAAGUUUUGUAUUCCAGAAAAUGAAAGAUGCCAAUUCUUUUUCCUUAAAAACAAUUUAAUUCCAUACAGUUUCUUUCAAAUAUCUAUUGUAAACAUAUCAAAGAUUACAAAUAUCAAUAAAUCUUAAAAUCGAGGGGGGAAAUAAUCACCCCGAUUAAGUAUUUUGCAUAUUUUCUCUACUACGACCUGUGCCUUCUCAUUUUGCAGGAACGCUUCACAAAUUAAAAAAAAGUCAGAAGUUUUUGAAAGAUACGUCAUUUUGUUUAGAACUCCUUGUGAAUUAUAAAGAUAUUUGGAAUUUCAAAGAACAACUUAUCAAAUACAAUAAAAGCAAGAUUUUGAUUCCAGCAACUGGGAUUUUGCUGUACAGUAUUUCAACAAUUUAGCAGGAAAAUUCAUCAUCUUCUCACUGCCAUUUUGAAAUAUAGAAACAAAUUUAACCUGAUGAAACUUUUGUCAGAUGCGGAGCCCUGACAUAGUGUACAGUUUGUCUCUCAUGCAGAUGUGGUGUUAAGUUGGCUCCCAAAUUACGACAGUUAUUUGAAGGAUUACGAACUUUGUGGUUACCUGUGUAUGUGCCAAUACAUAAGGUGUAAAUUCUGCUUAUCUGCAGGAUUUAUAUCUAUUUCAAAGCAACAAUUCUUAAUUGUCUCACUUCAAAACUAGCGACAAAGUUUCAAUAUUCUCCAGUACCUUUAGUUAUUGAUCUAUCAUCAAAUUGCUGCUUAGCUUAACGCUCAGAAUAUUAUCUUUGAUUACCAAAGGUGUUUACAGUAACUUUGAUGGUAGUACCAGAUUUCUUAAAUAUAAUCAGGUCUUCUCUUGACAAAGUCAUUAUUAUAGCUCGGCUGAGAUACAUGCAAAAUUGUGCAUUCUUUUAGAGUGAUCUAUCUUCAAAUGUAUCGAUCUCAAUAGAAACCAUACUAGAGUGCUGUGGUGUUGCUGAUAUUAAUUGUGGAUAAAAGUUUUCCCAAAUUAGACAGUCUACUAUAAUGUUUCCGUCUUAAAACGAUAGAUGAUUAAUAUGCCCAAAACCUUGAAAAAUCAAUGUGUGACAUCAGUUGUGGUAGACUAAAAAUAUAUCGCAAUAAUCUGGAAGUACUAAUGAAGCCAUUUAUCAUAGAUUUGUAUAAAAUUUUGUAUAGAUAUUUCCACUGAAAUUCUUUCUUUCUAUAAAGAAAUGAUUGGUUUUAUAAUCUGAGGCAGAAAAAUGGAGUGGAACUAUUGUCAGUUUUGAUUCUGAAAUUUGCAGGCGUGAAGAAAAAUGAAAAUUGUCAAACACAAUCUGUACAGGAGAAAAAUACUGCCAAUUACAUAUCAUUGUAAUAAGUCAAGAUCUGUUUGGCUCAUUUUCUUCUUGCACAUGCUACAAAAUUAUUAGUCUUAUUUUUUCACUAUUUUUCAUUUCUUCCAUACUUAAUUUGUGCUCUAUCGAACUCCAUUACAGCUUGCAUGUGGAAUGUUUAUAGCUAUUGUAUUUUGCACGAGACAGCAAAUAAAUACAAAGAACCAUUAGUCGAGAA